UCCGUAAGAACCUCUAUGACCAGUGCUUUAGGAAACGUGGCCCUAUCGAGACUCCAGCAGCAUCUGGUAGAUGAAUGAGCACCAAACAGCUUCAGCUUUCUUUUCCAUCCGCCUGCCAGUCUACAUUACAGCCUCAGCAGUGCCCUGACGCCCCUUUCUGACCAAGCAUGUCUGAGGCUGAACAAGUACCGGCCUCGGCUUCUGAGGCCGCCGCCGCUGUCCUGGACGCCUUGAACGCCACGGACUCCAACGGGACCGAGGCGCUUAAUGCCACGGCUAAAUUCGUGGCCACUACAGAGGGCACGGCCCUGGCGUACGGCAGCCUGGUGUUCAUGGCUCUCCUGCCCAUCUUUUUCGGUGCCCUGCGGUCUGUGAAUUGCUCCAAAUCCAAGGAGCUUGGAGAAAAUGAUUACGAUUCUGGGUUCAGAAAUGCCGGCGACAUGCCAGAGACCAUCACCAGUCGGGACGCCGCUCGCUUCCCCAUCAUCGCCAGCUGCACGCUGUUUGGACUCUACCUCUUCUUCAAGAUUUUUUCUCAAGAGUACAUCAACCUGCUGCUCUCGGUCUACUUCUUCGUCCUGGGUGUCCUGGCUCUGUCUCACACCAUGAGCCCUCUGAUGUGCAGAAUCUUUCCAGCCUCCGUCCCAAACAAACAGUUCCAGCUGCUCUUCACUCAGGGCUCCGGAGAGUCCAAAGAAGAAAUUGUCAACUAUGAGUUUGACACCAAGAACCUGGUGUGUCUGCUGAUCAGCAGCGUGGUGGGAGUCUGGUACCUGCUGAAGAAGCACUGGAUUGCCAACAACCUGUUUGGCCUGGCGUUUGCCCUGAACGGGGUGGAGCUGCUCCACCUAAACAACGUCAGCACCGGCUGUAUCCUUCUGGGGGGGCUCUUCGUUUACGACGUUUUCUGGGUGUUUGGGACCAACGUCAUGGUAACGGUUGCCAAGUCAUUUGAAGCCCCAAUUAAAUUGGUGUUUCCUCAGGACCUGCUGGAGAGGGGACUGGAGGCCAGUAACUUUGCCAUGCUGGGAUUGGGAGACAUCGUCAUUCCAGGCAUCUUCAUCGCCCUGCUGCUGCGCUUUGACGUCAGCCUGAAGAAGAACAGCAGGACGUAUUUCUACUCCAGUUUCCUGGCCUACAUCUUCGGACUGGGCCUCACCAUCUUCGUCAUGCACACCUUUAAACACGCACAGCCCGCUCUGCUUUACCUGGUCCCCGCCUGCGUCGGCUUCCCCGUCAUCGUAGCGCUGUUCAAGGGAGAGCUCACAGAGAUGUUUAGGUACGAGGAGUCUUCUCCUGAGGAGGCGGGGGCUAAAGAGGACUCAUCAGAAUCGGAGAAGAAGGACCAAUAACGUCUAUCGCUGCCCACCCCCUUUCCCCUCCCUCAUCCAACCUGCUGCCACCACAUGUCACUGAAGCCCCUCCCCCCAUGGCUCGCCAGCUUCCUGUUUUUUUGCUGGGGAAUAAACGGGGCUCAUGUAGCCAUCAUGUUUGUCUCCUGUAACCAUGGGAAUGGCCGCUGGUGUCACUGCUAACGUGCUAUCAGUGGUGGUGGUUCUGAUUUAAGGUGCCUACCAUGACUCCUCCACAUCUGUUGGCUUCGCUCACACAGGAAGACACCGCCAUGGUCUGGGGGGAGGGGUUACACGUAAAAUCUGCCACAGCAUCGCCACUUCCCAUCUUCUUUGUGUGCCCAAUAGGCCAGGAAGCCACUUGAAGGAGUGCUGGGUUCAGUCUUGGAGGUGAACCUGGUGCUCCAGAACCACAUGGCAUUUCAUCAGCUCGUCUGUCUGUCUCCGGGUGUUUCUGCUUCCUGGUUUAUUCGCCGCCAGGCCGCCGCACACGCUGCCUUUAGCUUCAUCGCAUCAUUUUCUUUUGGCUCUGUUUUAUUUUACUGUUUUAUUUGUUUAAUGUUUAAGUGAGAGGCCAGAAGUUAAAGUUGGAAAAACCCAGCAAGAAGUUUCAGAUUUUUUAAAUUUGCGCCGUUAUCAGCUCUCUGUGGGACCCGGUUCUUUGUCCCGGCUGGUGACCAAAUAAAGCAAAUUUGUUACUUAUUCUACUAAAAAUCCUCAGCUCUUAACUGUCCCACGGCUUUGAGAAGAAGUACAAAUAAA